CAUAAGCCUGGAGCAGUCUAAGGGUUAAGGCUGUAGGAGAGUGGGAUAGAAGAGAGAGGGCUGUGUCAGGGUGCAACAUUGUUGCUAUUCAGGGUAGGCCCCUCCUUACCUGUAGAAAAGCUGAAUCUUCCCUGGCAACUUCCUCUUCUUCUCUGGAUCCUGACUGAAGCAGUUUUGUCCUCAUUAGUGCAGACAUGAAUCGUCCCAGGCGUUCUACUUUGCCUCCCAGACGUUUUCAGACUGACCAAGCACCAUCUGGAUCUGCAAAUGUGACCAGACAGUUAAGUGUUCAAUCUGAUAGUUUGGAUGAUUUGGUUAUUAUCCCCCCAACUCAGUUUUCUAAUGUUGUUACUGCUCAGAUUCAUAAUAUAGAAGAGCUGGAGUCAGUUAAUGAUCAGUUAGAGCAAGUAAAUCCCCCACAACAGCAAAUAAACUUGCCUUUUGACAAUAUUGCAGCUAGCCACAUGGCUUCAUUUAUCAGUGCUGUUCCUCCCUCAGCAGUGUCUGCAGUAUCAGGUUUAUUACAGAAUAUUAUUGCAGCAAUGGCUGCUUCUCAGCCCAUUCCACAAGAGCCGGUUACAACUAAUUUUAAUCCUACUACCAUACCGGUUUUGAAUAACCCUCAAGGAACACCUAGGUCCCAAUCUGCAAUAUUGCAGACACCACAGACACCACAUCUUACCACCACACAACCUGUUAUUUCAGGAGUCUUAACUCCUUGUAGGCCCACAGUUGCUAAAAAACAAAACAAACCACAGCCUCAAUCCAUUAUUCAGACACCUGCGGCCUCUGGCGGUACUCUGCCCGGACGGGACAGAGCUAGACCAACCGUCGCUUCUACCGCCACACCACUCACUAAUCCGCGGACACCUUCGGGGACCGCAGGGCCUCCGGUGACAUUACUGGAGCCUUGCGGCCUUGCUGAACCCCGACCGCGUGGUGCGCGGCCUAUCCCCAGGGCAGACGACAUGUUAGUGAUGUCACCGGAAGUGCCCAUCGGCACUUCCGGUUUGGCGAAACCCCACGCGGUCGCAGGGACAUCGGCUCACGGUGCUACACAAGAUGCAGGUGAGCACCGAGAGUCGUCCUUGGCCGUGGAUGGGGUAUUAAUAGGAGGGCAAAGGGGCAAUAAGGGCGCUAGCAUGCAGCGCAAGCAGGCGGUAAAAAAGGCCCAAUAUUAUCAAUUGCCGCAAAGGGGCCGCUCACAGUUUAGAGGCAAUGCAAGGCAGACAGGCAUUAGAAGGGGAAGGGGUGCUCGCACUAUUAACCCUAUUAGGGCAAUGAGGCCUUUAGAAUUUGCUCAUGGGUUUCAUAUAAGGAAUGUAGUUGCAGCGCAAACACACGAUCAGCAGGAUUAUUCCAGUAACAUUAUAAGUGAUGCAGGUAGCGCAAUUUCAACAGCGCAGCAGCAAGAGGUGUUACUCAUUAACCCUCAAAGUGCUGAUUGUGGCGCAGCUCAGACAGCUGCGCAGCUAGCUGGUUUCAUUAACCCCCAAAGGUAUGAAUGUGGCUUGCGUGAUGGUGAUGUCUGUCAGACGGCUGCACAGCCAACAGAAUUAGUUAUUAACACUUUAAGGUCUGAAAGUGGUUUACAUGUGGCUGAAACUCAUAAAUCAUCCUCCAUGGUGGCGAAUGCAGGCUUGCAAGGGGUGAAUGUGCAGACAGUAGGUCAGAUACAGACAGGAGGUCAUGGUCAUCUCACUGCUAUGACUGCUGCAGCAGGUAAUGCAUUAGUAUCAAAUUUAGGCCAGAAUGCUAAUGUUAGGGCACAAAACAAUGCUACUACUAUUGUAUCUAAUCCAGCACAGGAUGCUAUUUGUAUGGCCCAACUUCCUGCUAUUGAUAACCCACACACACAAGAACAAAGUGCUCGCGAAUUAUUGUCUCUCUUGCAGGGAGUUCUUCACUCAAAGGAGCCAACAAAGGUCCAGCAACCAACUGCUGCUGUAAUUAACCCAGUGGACGCAGGAGCAGCUGCGACCACUUCAAAUGGACAGCAGGGCUCAGCCAACGCCAUCGCUAUUCCCAGUCAGCAGCCAGAACAAGUCACUAGCAACACCGGACAAGGACUGUCUGCUAAUUCAAACGGCACUGUCCCAGGAGUGAAGAGAAUUUGGAUUGUGGGACACUCCUUCGUUCACUGGGCCUCACUUCACUGUGCAUCCCUCCCAAUUGGCCAAUCCCUAGGUUUUCCCUCCAACAAAGUAUCCAUUAGAUGGUUAGGGGACAGGGGGAUGUGUUGGCCACAAUUAGCGGGAACAUUAUCAGAGGCCCUAGUACAUUGGGGUUGGCUCUCUAGAACCAGUGUCCCAAAAUGUAGAAGCAUUAAACAGGAAGUAACUGUGGACCUUGAGAAACAAGCAGAGCAAGAGUGUCUGAAUAGCUGGUUGUCAAAUGUUCGUGGCUGCAUGAUCUCUCCAAAAACACCCUCUUUUGAAGCGGGUGAUAAUCUUGUACAAGUAGUGGUCGGUAUUUUGGUGUAA